CUCAUUCUAUUGGUGGCUCCCGCCUGCAUCUGCUGGAUCAGCUCUGACUCCCUGCACACACACACAUUACACACGCACAUACACACACUCAUACACAUACUUCCACGCACGCACUCACCCACAUGCACACACACACACUUCCAUGCUCCCUCCUCUCUCGCACACUCUUACUCAUACACUACCAGGGGGAUUCCUCCGCCACUGCAGCCUCCUCUGCUCACUCCACCUGGCAGCCGUUCUCCGCUGUGGGGUUGGUGGGGGGAAAGCACGAUCCAAAAUGACUUUAACUAAAUGGCCACUGGUCGGAGCUUAGCGCUGAUCCAUUGACGAGCGCCAUGAGUGGAUGAAAACAAGCAGCCUUUAAUCCAAAAAAGGAUUCCUCCUCUCUGUGAUAAGAGUCUACUAACCGUGUGUAAGGACCACUGGGAGUACAAGAAUCAAGUCAAGGACACGUUCACUCCCCCCCCCCACCCCACUCCUUAGCCUGCAGGAAGAUGAGAAUGAGAAAAUAAAGCUCUGCAGAGGCGAGGAGCUUAAUGAAUACCAAGGAAUCUUAAAAACAAGCAGUGUGCAUUUGUGUAUGUUUGUGUGAGAGGAUCCAGCAACAAUGUGGACAUUAGCUGUGACUGUCCACUGUCUUCUGGCUGCUGCACUGCUACUGGCUAGCUGCCUCCAAUCACUGACGGCCACUGAGGAUGACGUCACACCGCGCAUCAGUUUCCCAUACAACACGAAGGAGAGGUCGGCCAAGAGAUUCUCUGUGGACGGCGUCUUCAAUUACACCUCGUUGCUGCUCAGCCAGGAGGACGACAUGCUGUACGUCGGGGCCAGGGAGGCGCUGUUUGCCCUCAGCCUCUCGGACAUCAGCAAGACCAAGCUACAGAAGAACCUGACGUGGGGCACUCCUGCUGGAAAGAGAGAGGAGUGCAGCUUCAAAGGGAAGAACCUGGAGACUGAUUGCUUCAAUUAUAUCAAAAUCCUUCUGCGGCUGAAUAGCACUCAUCUCUAUGUGUGUGGCACCUAUGCUUUCAGUCCUAUCUGCGCCUACAUAAACACGUCAACGUUCACACUGGAGAGAGAUGAAGUGGGCGAGGUCGUGAUGGAAGAUGGGCGCAGUCGCUGCCCCUUUAAUCCAGAGUACAAAUCCACUGCCAUCAUCGUUGAUGGUGAACUGUACACUGGUACUGUCAGCAACUUCCAAGGGAAUGAACCGGUCAUUUACAAGAGUUUGGGUCAGGGAACUGCGCUGAAGACAGAGAACUCUUUAAAAUGGCUGCAAGAUCCAGUUUUUGUCGGGUCGGCUUACAUCGAGGAGAGCCAGCCAAUAGGCAACCUCGUGGGCGAUGACGACAAGAUUUACUUCUUCUUUAGCGAGGCGGGAAAAGAAUUUGACUUCUUUGACAACACCAUUGUGUCGAGGAUUGCUCGCGUGUGUAAGGGUGAUAAGGGAGGUGAGCGGGUGCUGCAGAAGAAAUGGACCACAUUCCUGAAGGCCCAGCUCCUGUGUUCCCUCCCUGACGACGGCUUCCCCUUCAACAUCAUCCAGGACAUGUUCGUCCUGAAGCCUAUGGGAGACAGCUGGGAGAGCACCGUCUUUUACGGUGUCUUCACCUCGCAGUGGUAUAAAGGAGCCUCUGGCAGCUCAGCAGUGUGUGCCUUCACCAUGGCUCAGGUGGAGAGGGCCUUCAGCGGGCGCUACAGAGAGGUCAACAGGGAGACACAGCAGUGGUACACCUACAACCACCCUGUGCCAGAACCACGACCCGGGGCGUGCGUGACCAACCACGCCAGGCAAAUGGGUAUCCAGUCGUCCUUGCACAUGCCUGAUAAAGUGCUCAACUUUGUCAAGGACCAUUUCCUGAUGGACAGCGUGAUCCGCAGUGCUCCCCUGCUGCUGAAGCGCAGCGUGCGCUACACGCAGAUCGCCGUGCACAAGAUCCAGGGCAUGGAGAGGGCUUACGACGUGCUCUUCAUCGGAACAGAUGAUGGAAAGCUCCAUAAAGCCAUCAAUGCCAACGAUAAGAUGCACAUCAUAGAGGAGCUGAUCCUGUUUCCCGAGCCUCAGCCCGUGCAGCACAUUGAACUCGAUCCUCAGAGGGGUCUGUUGUUUGUGUCGUCCUACUCUGGGCUGGUGGAGGUGCCUGUAGCCAACUGUUCCAACUACCUGAGCUGUGGAGAGUGCGUUCUCUCCAGAGACCCCUACUGCGCCUGGACCGGACGGCUGUGUCGGGACGUUAGGAUGGCUCCGCCUGACAGCCACUGGCAGCAGGAUGUGGAGGAGGCCGAUACAUCAGCGAUUUGUAACAAGACGUUUCCCAGCGCCAGAUCUGCCAGACCAGCAGCUUCUCGCGGCUCCCAUUGCCAGCUCAUCACAGUCCCAGCCAACACGUUCAGAGUCCUGCCCUGUAAGCUGCGGUCCAACCUGGCCCAGAGGAAGUGGCGUUACAGUGACAGCGCCAGCCAGUUCCUCUACGCUACUCCCGAGGGAAACCUGGUCGUGGUGGCUCAGGCCGACAGGAUGGAGACCUACGAGUGCUGGUCAGAGGAGGAGGGUUUCCGCCAGUUGUUGGCUAACUACUGCGUGAGGGCGGAGCCCCGCCAGGAGAGCACCACUCUGGUCGGUCACUCACGCACCCCACACAUCAAGCGAGAGGAGACCAUCAUCCUGCCCGGCGAGUCUCGCUCGGAGCAAGUCCACACCAAGACAUACUGGAACGAACUGAUUGUGGUGUGCGCCCUGCUCGCGUUCUCCCUGGUGGUGUUCUCCCUGUUCGUCAUCUACAGGAACCGCGAUCACAUGAAGUCCAUGCUGAAGCAGGGCGAGUGUCCCAACAUGCAGCAGAAGAAGCCGAGGAUAGUGGGAAAGCCCGCCGAAAGCUUGCCCCUCAACGGCAACACCAUCCCGGUUUCCACUUCAGAUCACAAGGGCUACCAGACGUUAAAUGACAACUACAUCUGCAGCACGCCCACGCACGAGUCCUCGCCUGACAACAGCAAGAGUUUCUCCGAGUCAUCCGACAGGAGGCCGCUAAACCUGAAGGAGAGCCACGUGGAAUACUCCCCGACCUGCCCCCGGCCCAGGGUGAGGCUAGGCUCGGAGAUCAAAGACUCUAUCGUAUGAGAGCACAGUAUACGCUAAAAGAUGCCACCCUGUAUCUCCUACGAAGGAUACAGGCCACUCAGCAAAGGAGAGGAGAUGCUAACAUCCUCCUAUGUCACAGCACGUCUUUUAUUUUAGUCAUCUUUGUUCUGUGAUCAUGUGCGGAGGCCAUUUCAUUUAACCAUUUCCACUCCGAAGCCAGAGGUGUGACCGGGUUUGCUGCAUGGGGUUGGCAGAGGAAGCAGCACAACAAUCUGGUUUCAACCAGGAUCACGAACCAUGGCAGCUGCUAAGAACAGUUAUAACACAUAGUCAUUUUUUUGAGUCAUUCUCAUGGCCACUAACAGCAUAUGUGUGUGAGUAUAGGGCUGGGCAAUAUAGGGGAAGAAAAAAUAAAACAAUAAACAGAUGAUUUUCCACCUAUAUCAAUAUUUAUCCCAGUAUCUAUUUAGAUAUGCAAGAUCGAACAUUAAGAUGUCUAGUUGAUGUCCAUCACAUGAUAUAAUAAAAACAAUAGACAAUAAAUUAUAAAUAUUGAUAUGUUGUCCAGCCCUAUUUAUGUAUGUGUAACCCUGCACUUGGCUGCCAUACAUAUUGCUAUUAUGCACACUAGAACCAAGCUACAGCUUCAUGGAGACCAAGAGUUCAGGUUUAGGAGAAUAUGAUACAUAUUCAUUAUGAUCCACACGUUAUGGAAGCAAGUCAGAAGCACAUUUGUUCCCUUUUGCUGAAUAAAUGUCAUGACUGUAUGAUGAUAAAGGUAAUGGCACAUGAGGCAGACCAGGAGAGAACACCACACGUUGGUUAAAUAGAGCCCUCUUAAACCUGUUGGAACAACUUUGGAAAGGACUUUUAAAAAAGAGCAUCAAAAAAUGUGAUUGGAAAUAAUGCUUGAGGGUCUAAAUACCGCCUUUUACCUCCUGAAUGUAUGUCGUCGUUCAAAGAGGGUCAGUUUCAUUCUCUCAAAACUGCACCAUGGACAAUUUAGGGAACCUGCUGCUCUACAUUUUUGUUCAUCUGAGACAACCCUGUUCUUCAGUACUGACCUGCAGGUACCAUGAUGAGUCAGUGAAGUGACUGAGAACACAGAUAAUCCUGUUUUUGAUGCAAAUAUGGAGAAGAGACCUGACAGUACAAACACAAAGAGCCAAGAAAAAAAAAAGACAGAGGAGGGGGCGUCCACACCUCGACCAUGUUCAGGGCAGCACCAAAAUCAUCACGUGCACUGUGCCAAAAAAAACAAAAAACAAAAAUAACUUGAUUGUCUUAUCUAAAUGCAAUAGUGCCAUUCUGUCAUGACCACUCCCAUCUUCUCAUGCAUUGCAUUAGCAUUGAUCACUGUCGAAGAGCACAUGGUGAUGGAACCGGGGCUGGGUUUCACAAAAGUAAAGUGGCACUAAUAAUAUAUGUGGAAUGUGAAGUGCAAGUGGAAAUUUUUCAAGACUGUUAGUUUAUAUGGAAAAAAAACUUUUGGACAGUGUUGGGAAUAAUAGUUGACUUUCAUGUAAAAUCAGAACUGGGGUCAAAUGAUAUGAUGUGGAGAUUACCUGCUGUGUGGUUGUCAGGUGAUAAAAUAUUCCAGUUUUCUUUCAGCUGCCCUUAAAGGAGUUAUCUGCCUUCUUAGUGUUCACACUGAAACAUACAGAUGCAACAAUUUCAGACUGAAAUGAGGUUGACGAGCACUAACAAUUAACUUUUCGGUCAAGUGUUAAUAAGCCCUCUCAAAAUGGCCGUAGUGGAGAGAUAAAACUAAAGCGGUCUCUUGUCCAGACUUCAGCUGCACUGUGUAGUGAUGUAGAUGCAGAGAGAGCGCUGUAUUAGCUCGAUAUAACCCCCAGCCCACCAGGUUACAUUUCUUACAUAUGGCAUCCACUGCAGUCCAAUGUCAAUAUGGUAAUGUGAAAGCACAAGUAAUCAGGGUGUUGAAUACUUACAGGUUUGCACAUUUCAGUAAAAAAUUGGAGCAUAUUCAAAGAAAUGCAACUACUGAGAGACAGAAAGAGUGGCUGCUAGGGAAAAUGAUUUUUAGAAAUCAAUUAUUACAGGGAUCAGUGCAGCCAUUACAAACACUCUUGCACCCACAUUACUUAGACUUUUGAGACUUAUCAAGCAGAAUUUUCCAAAGAUGUAGGAAGCUGAUAGUGUUGUGUAAAUCUGAAUGAGAAACAUUUACACAGCCAUAAGGACAAUAUGGCACCACAUGUCUUAGAAUAAGUCACCAGUUCACUGUAUUGAUCAAGUAAGCCUACAGUAUAUAUUCCAGUAUCACACAGAAUCAACAUUUUUGCUAUUUCAAACACUGAGCAGAUGACUAAAUGCUAUGUAACUGCUACAAGUUGACAAAGUAAUUGCACAGCAUACUGCGCAACAGUGGUCAGUGUUUCCUUUUUCUUUAGUUUUUGUUGUGUAUAUACAGUAUCUGUGCGUAAUAUUGUGUGUUUUUAAGGGACCUUGUGCAAGAUGUGUUGUAGAGAUAGUCUUGAAACUAGAGAGUGAACACUGCUGAUAAUUUUUUUUCAUAAUGCUUUACUGCCUACUUCAGUGUACAUUUCAACUCUUGCACAGAAUGCAGCACAUUCCUCACCACGCUGUUUACUGAGCACCUGGACUGGUUUUUGUCAAGCACAUCAAAGCAGAUUUUACAUUUACAUGUCAUACUGACUUAAAUAACUUGUUUGAUAUUUUAGGAAAACAUGGAAUAGUUUAGAUAAUAUAUUAAUAAUAUGAAUAAAGCUACAGCUAGCAGGUGGUUAGCUUAACUUAGCAUAAAGAUAGUCUGGCACAGUUUUUGUACAGGGUAAAAAUUUUCAUCAGUGAUAGCUGGUGGAUUUUGUUACCAUUAGACAGACCCAGGCUAGCUGUUUUCCCCUUGCUUCCAGUCUUUGUGCUAAGCUAAGUUAGCCAGGUGCUGGUGGUGGUCUAUAGAUGUGAGACCAGUGCAAAACAAAGUAGGAAUAGUAUCUGUUUUUAUUGUCAUACUGAAAUAAAAGAGUAGUUUGAGCAGUUUGAUACUGUUAGAAAGGGCUUAUAAGUUCCUCGUUGGAGGUUUGAUACCAUUCUCAUGUCUGUGCUAAAUUUGAAGCUACAGACAGCAGCUUGUUAGCUUAGCUCACCACAAAGACUGGAAACAGGGAAAUAGCUAGCUUUUUUUUUUUUAGUUUUUGUAUGGAGUUAAGAAAAUAUGACCUAUUUAGUGAGUCCAGCCUUCUCCUGUUUACUGUCUUUAUGCUAAGCUAAACUAUCCAGCUGCUGGCUCCAGAUACAUAUUUACCAUGCUAUUCCUUUUAUUUGUUUUUGUAUUUUUGAAGCUGAGACUGAUCAAACUAACUGGAGUAUGACAUGUGCCAACAGAUUUCUAACAAGUAUGAAUCUGAUUCUAAAAAGCCUCAGUACAGAGCAUUGUUCAUCACCACUGCUAAGACUAAGACUUUCUAAACUGUAAAGUCUCUGGAGGCUGAAUAACCUACUUUGAUAUGCUUGAUGGAUAACCUCACAACAUAUUUUCAAAAUGCCUUUAGACAUCACAUAGUUCUGCCUUUAGCCAUGUGCCGCAUUGUACACUACCCAGCAGUGACCUCACCAACAGAAACAUGGUGAAUGGUGUGAUUGUAGCCCUCCAUGGGCACACUUAACUCCACAACACAACACGGGUCAACAAUAGAUUUACAGAUUCACCCAAGCCACCAUUAACUUUACCUGGGAGCUGCUCAAAAUCUUGUACCAUUCUUUGCUUGUGUCAACAGUGACGCUGUGCACAUAGCAAACACUUCUCUGAACAGUUCAGUAUCUAACAAUAAUAUUACUUCCUGAUCUCAUAUAGAAAAGCUGAAGUUACAAUACCAUUUGACCUUAAUAGUCAAUAAUCCCAAAAGAGUAAAUACUGUGUCGUAAAAGUUGUGCGUAUUUAUUAAUGACAUGCUUUUCAUUAAAAAGCAAAUAAUCCCAUGGUGAUUGAUGCUUCAUUUUGAGUGGCUCCUCAGUAAUGCAACAUAGCCUACUGUACUGGACAUGAAUGUAGACAACUAUAUCAUAUUUACAGCAGUCUAUUUUCUUAAAACGGCUUAAGUAGGCCAUCCAUUGCAACAUCUUUUCAGGAUUUUGUUUAAACGGUCAUACAGCAAAUAAACAGCACAACAGAAGUAAUUAAUCAUUUGUGCUGCAUGAUGUAGUACUGCAGUAAGAUGCAAGCACAGCUCCAGAUCCUCCAUAUUGGCUCAGCCAUGAGACAAAGCAACAGCUUUGCCUCAGCAUACUGAACACCAUAAGCUUAGUUGACUGAAUAACUAUUAGACAAAUGUGGUCUUGCCUGCAUGAUUUCUUUUUUUAAUUUGUUGUGUACAAAUAACAUUGUGGACUGUAUUUUUUGUAUCAUUGAGAUUGUGACUGUUGUUUUUAUUAUAUUGUACAUAAAAAGCACUUUAUUUUAAUUUUUUAAGAUAAAUGAAUAAAAUACAUGUUUUGACACA